CACAUAAUGACGUACUUAUUUUAGUCUCACCCACAAUGCACUGCGGUUGCUUGAACAAAGAAUGAGCAUUUUCAACGAACACCCUAACAAGUUUUAAAAAGGAAUGAUCUGGAUUCAUUAAUUGAUUAAGAAUAUUUUAUGUAAAAUUAAAGUUUGUGCCAAUAUGUAGAUAGACAUAAUAUACCAGUAUCUGGCGUUAUAUCACUGAGACUAAGAACAGCGUGCUCUGCUAAACGUAUGUACCUUGUCCACGUCAGCUGUGCAUCAGCUGGGUGGAAGCACGAAGAGAUCGAGAAUUGAGAAUUAAUUACUGUCAUAACUAGAUCGUGGUAUAUAAUUGUGACAUUUUGCUCGUCAUGUGUUAAUAAAAUGACGAGGAACAGCGUAGCCGGUUGAGAACUUAGGUAAGGGACAGUUUGGAAUAUUGAAGGCUUUCUAAUCUGUGCGACUGUGACAGUAGGCAGCUGCCAUACGAGUAGCAUUAGGAAAUAAAUACUGUAUACUGCGUGUCAUAGGCUUUGCGAUCAAACUGUUAACUAUAAUAUUUUUUAUCUGAACGGAACGAAUUUUCCGGCGUCCCUGGGAUUGUUGUUUUGUUACUGGCUGUAGGUUACACAGCAUAGUAAUAAAGAAUAAAGUGCCGCAGUACAAUGAGCUCGGAGGAUCAAUCAGCCGCUGGCAACAAAGCCAUGGACACAGACAACGACGGCAUGUCCUGGUGGUAUAGAUGGAUGUGCAAGAUUGCGGGGGUCCUCGGCGGUGUAUCCUGUGCUAUUACUGGAAUAUGGAGCUGUGUCUCUAUCAACCCCUUCAGCAUCGCAGCAGGCGCGUGGAUGAUCCUGAAUGCCUGUGUGCUGUUCCUGUGUGAGGUCCCCUUCUGCUGUCAGUUUAUCGAGUUUGCCAACGCGGUGGCAGCCCGUGCCGACAAGCUCAAGCCCUGGCAGAAAGCUUUCUUCUACUGCGGGAUGGCACUUUUCCCUGUCUUUCUGAGGCUGUCCCUUACUACGCUGUUCGGAAAUGCAAUUGCCUUUGCAACAGGGGUCCUAUACGGAUUGGCUUCGCUGGGCAAGAAGGGGGACGGUGUGGGCUACGCCCGCCUCCAGCACCAAAAGCAGGGUGACGAGGAGAAGCUGACAGGCACCACUAGCUGGGAGGCCCAGUAACUUUUCCCACCCAAAAUCCAGAACCGAAAUGCACCUUCUCUUCUCUUUCAGCUGCUGAUCAUAGUUACCUGUUUUAUGGAAUCACAUGGAUUAUGUUCUCUAUGUCGGUUUUAUUAUAUUAUUUUAAAUUAUUUUCCAAAAUAGUUUUGUCUUUUCCCGAAAUGUUAUCAAAUGUGAAAACUUGUCUUUAAGUUUUUUUUUUCUUUAAUUUUGUGAGUGGUCAGGUAUACUGUGAUUUUAUCCAAAGACACUGAAAAUAAUAGAAUAGAAAGAAAAGAUUAAUAAGAAAAUGCAAGAAAUAUUUUGAUAGUAAUUGAAUAUUGAGGAUGUUAAUCACAGUAAUCGUUCAUAACCCUAGCAACAUUUUCAGUUGUCGGUACUAGAAAAGUUUCCCAUUGGACCCACUCUGUUGGGGAUUGAUUUGAAAAAGUGCAUGUACAGUUAGUUAAAUGCUUAUUUAUCACCAGAAUACUAACUGCUAUAACAUCUCAUUCUAAUGAUGUCUGAAUGCAUGAAUAAGUGAUUUCUAAGUAUGGAACUUUUUCAGUGUUUUUGCUUGAUAACGUGACUGAACAGCCAGUGGUAAAGUCCAGUGUGUUGUUAGAACUAACAGCUGGAUGACAUCACUGGCCAUUCUACUCUUUAAUCUCAAAGUGCUCAUUGGUUUUUAAUUAUUCUUUGCUUGAGUAAACCACUGGGAUUGUGUCUGCUUAAGCCAGAUGUGGCACAACUUUUUAAAAUCAAUUCAGGGAAUCUUGUGUGUUUGUGUGUAGUGUUUCUUCAAUAAAAUGCCGCGUCCAUUUAGUGGGAAAGCACUGGACAAACAUUCACUACUGUAAAAGACGCAGCUGUGAUUUAAUA